AUGAACAAGAGUCAACUGAAGAACAUGUCGCGCGAGGAAAAUGUAUACAUGGCCAAGCUAUCUGAACAGGCUGAGCGGUAUGAGGAGAUGGUUGAAUUUAUGGAGAAAGUUGCAAAGAGUGCUGAUACUGAUGAGCUGACUCUGGAGGAACGAAAUCUCCUUUCUGUGGCCUACAAGAAUGUGAUUGGUGCCAGGAGGGCUUCCUGGAGAAUCAUCUCAUCCAUUGAGCAGAAGGAAGAAAGCCGUGGGAAUGAGGAUCAUGUCAAGGUUAUUAAGGAAUACAGGGCAAAGAUUGAGGCUGAACUCAACAAAAUCAGUAAUGGGAUUUUGAGCCUCCUAGAUUCCCAUCUCAUUCCCUCAGCCUCCUCAGCAGAGUCCAAAGUGUUUUAUUUGAAGAUGAAGGGUGAUUACCAUAGGUAUAUGGCUGAGUUUAAGACUGGAGCUGAGAGGACGGAAGCUGCUGAGAGUACUUUGUCAGCUUACAAGUCUGCUCAAGAUAUUGCAUUAGCUGAAUUGGGUCCCACACACCCGAUCAGGCUCGGACUUGCACUUAACUUCUCUGUUUUCUAUUACGAAAUCCUUAACUCAUCCGAUCGCGCUUGCAACCUUGCCAAGCAGGCUUUUGAUGAAGCCAUCUCUGAGCUAGAUACAUUGGGCGAGGAAUCAUACAAGGACAGCACUUUGAUCAUGCAACUUCUCCGAGACAAUCUGACACUUUGGACUUCUGAUGCAGCGUUAACCAAGAUUUUUCACGAAUCUCCCAUUUUCCCCAAAAUCAAACACCUACCCUACUCUCUUUCACUCCCCUCCCCAUUUUCGUUCGGUCGUCGAUUCCCGUCCGACCGCACUGCUAAAUCCAGUGUUGUCGUCACAAUAACUGAACGCGUGGCCAUCUCUUGUAAGAUUCCAGUUGUCGAAUGGGUGGAAAGAAUUCGAGAGUUUGCCACAGUUGCCAGCUGUGCAUCUCCGUGCAUUACCAGCCUGAUUGUAGUUUGUUGUAAUAGCAGCAACUUAUGUCCUAAUAGCAUAUUCCAUUUCCAUGUUGAUUUGUUUUAG